UUCUAUCUGUUCACCUAUCUACACACUCAACAUGCUACAAAGAGAGCUGAGUUUGAUGAUUUUGCUGCUGCUAAUAUGCCAACAAGGUUUCAAAGCAGUGCAACACAUCACCUGUGGGGAAGAUACCACCACCCUCAGCUGUGCUGAGGGAACCAUUCAAGUGUUUACAGCCAAAUUUGGGCUUACAGACAGCACAGUCUGCUCUGCUGGACCAUCUGAAGAGCUUUCAGAAAUUCAGUGCACCCAGGAUACGUACCAUAGUGUGGCCAACAUAUGUGAUGGAAAACAGAGCUGUACCUUUAAUUUGGACACCAACGUUUCUUAUGGUUCCUGUGAAGGAAAUUACAAAUACCUGAAUGUGUUUUACAUCUGUUUACCACCAAUAAAGGAACUUCUCACCUGUGAUGGGAAGACUGCCAACAUCACCUGUGCAUAUGGAAACAUUAAAGUGCUUGAAGCCAGUUAUGGCCGUACAGACAGCACAACCUGCUCUGCUGGAAUUGAUCCUUCAGAGCUCACGAUUGGUCAGUGCACCGAGGAUACAUCCAUCAGUGCUGUGGCUAAUAAGUGUGAUGGAGAAAAUAGCUGUUCAAUUCCUGUGGGGAAUACAGCUUUCACUGAAUCCUGUCCAGGAACUUACAAAUUCCUGAAAGUAUCUUACAAAUGUGUACCUGAAACAACGGAACAUGUCACCUGUGAAGGAGAAAUUGGCAGUCUCCACUGUGACCAGGGAAUCAAAGUGUAUGCAGCCAAUUAUGGGCGUACAGACAGCACAACCUGCUCUGCUGGAAAACCAGCUGAUCAGGUCUCAAAUGUUCAUUGCACCCAGAGUUCAGCCAUCAGUGUGGUGGCCAAUCGAUGUGAUAGAAAACAGGACUGUUCCAUAGAUGUGAAUAACAACAUUUUUAAAGAUCCCUGUGGAGGAAUUUACAAAUACCUGCAAGUCUCUUACUAUUGUUUGCCACCAAUAAAGGAAAUACUCACCUGUGAAGGAAAGACUGCCAAACUCACCUGUGAACAGGGAACCAUUAAAGUGCUUGCUGCCAAUUAUGGGCGUACAGACAACACAGCCUGCGCUGCUGGAAGAACUCCUUCAGAGUUCUCAAAUGUUCAGUGUACCCAGGAUACGAUCGAUGUGGUGACCAAUCAAUGUAAUGAAAAACAGAACUGUUCCAUUAUUGUGGGGAACACAGUUUUCACUGAACCCUGUUUAGGAACAUACAAAUAUCUGGUUGUUUCAUACAUUUGUGUCCCACCAAAAAUAAUUACAACUUGUCAAAAUCAACAUGGUACCAUUAGCUGUGAGGGAAGUCGUACAAUUUCAAUUUUAUAUGCUAAUUAUGGGCGGACAGAUCGUUUGACUUGUCCUCAUUCCAAUGCUGAUGCCAUAUCCUCCAUAUGCUACUCUCUUCAGACCAGGACCCUGCAACUUUUGUGUAAUGGAAAGAAUACAUGCAACCUAUAUGCUUCAAGUUUACUUUUUCUUGAUCAGUGCCCUCACAUCUACAAAUAUUUGGAGGUGUCAUACAUUUGUUUAAGAGCAUAAUGUAUGUAGGUUCAUCACUGAAAACAUCUACUGUACUUAUCUCGAACUCUGUGACCUAUUAAGUGGGGAAGAAAUCUUCAAGAUUCAUAUAUUUUAUCUGUUUUCUUCAUGCGAUUUUAAAAGUAAACUCUUAAAUGAUUUAAUAUAUUUAACAAGAUUUGCUAUUUUUCUACAGUAUGUUUCAACCAUCUGGACAAUAUUAUAUAAUCAUUCAAUUACCCAUAUGUAAAAACUGUUGUAUGGUAGAAUUGUGGUAUUUAGGUUGCUCAGUUUGAUAUUUCUAGAUGUUUGUUACAUUUCCAUACAUGCACUACUAUCUUAUGUUGUUAUAAUAAUAAUACUUUAAACAUCAUUGUUAGAGUGCUUAGUUGGAAAUAAGACCUUAUGUUGGUUCAACAAACUUAUCUUGAACUGCAUUUGUGUAUUUUGUCUUUAACAACUGAUGAUGAAUGUCCAAUAAAUUAGUUUCAGA